AACAAUAUUUUUCAUUUAUUAUACUUUUGAAUUUUCUCUAUAUUCUGCUUUCUUAUUUCUUCAAGAAGGAUAUGACCUCUUCUGGCGCAACGAGCAAGGUUAAAGAGCUUAUGCGCUCAAAGGAGCUCUUGUCACCAUAAAAUCCUCUCAUUAACGCCUUUAAAAAUGAAGGAAAAUUAAAAGCAUGCCGCCUGUUGUUCUUUUGGAAACAUCAGGCUUUGCUGGAUUACUCAGUCCAAUAGAUUGUUUAUGAUCGAAUAGGAUGUUAAUGAUACUCAAGUCAUUUGGGAAACCAAUUCAGUCACUCACUACACCUGCAUGCUGGUGGAACCAAAUUUCCACUGCGCGUAGCUGUAAAAAAAAACUUGCCAGUUUAUUCAUAUGUAUUUUUAAUAGGCAUGAGUUUCGUUUACUUCAACAACCACCGCUAAAUUUAUAUAACCGUGAUGGCAGCAAACACGGCUGCUAACAUCACCAUGGCUACAGUUAUAGGAGUGGGAAUGGUUCUUUCCAUUACAGGCAAUGUUAUCAUUGCGUACGUUUUGAUCAAACGUUGGAAAAUAUUACUCAGAAAUCGUCCAACAUAUCAGUUUAUUCUAAACUUGGUUCUUUCGGAUCUUGUUGUUGGUGUACUGUUCUGCCCUUUCGAGUUUACCCGCCAGCUGUUCGGCAAAUGGAUUUUUGGAAAAACACUUUGUAAGAUCAUCGAUUAUGUCGAGAUCUCGGCUGCUGCCACUACUGUGAUCUCACAUGCGCUGAUCGCAGUUGAUCGAUAUCGUUCUUUGGUUCUACCGUAUCUACCCAAACUUAAACCCAGACUCGUCAAACAACUAAUAGCCUCCUCAUGGAUUGUACCUGCUAUGGUGUCUUCUCCGUACUUGUACAUGUACACAAUUAUCGAUCAUCCGUUUUUCCUCCAAGAUCACUUUCCGCUAUGCACACCAACUGCCAUUCCAAUACAAUGGCUCGACAAACUUUAUGAAGCUGUUGAGUUUGGCUUACUUUUCUUUGCCCCUUGCUGUGUUAUUUGCUGGUGUUACUAUCACGUGAUCAGGGUUACAUUUGGAAGACGUCCUAAUCGUACACCAUCGGCAAGGUUUCCUAUAGCGGAAAAGGCUCUUCGACGGAGCAGGAAACGAGUGACGAAAACGGCCUGCUUAAUCGUAGUCGUUUUUUUUAUCUGCUGGUCUCCGACGUUUCUCUUAGGCAUUUGGAGGAUUGCGUCUGGAACUGAAAGUGUACACCAUGGGCACACACUGUACGAGGUUUCGUUUUUCGGAGCAAUUUUCAACGAAGUCAUCAAUCCCGUCAUUUACAGUGUUUAUGACCAAAACUUGAAUAUCAGCGACCACAUUUGUUGCCGCCGAAGGGUUUUUAACGAGACAAGCCAAGUCCAUCUCUCAAAAAAUUGCCAGGGAAUGAAUCAUCAUAUAAAUGUUAUUAUAAAUCAGGCGCGUGUUGCGGAAGUUUCUUCGCGGUAGAUUAUUUCAUUGUUUGCACUACAUUACUGAGACAAAAACUGAACACAAAUGAAAAAUUAUGAACUUAAAACGCUAACUUGUUUUCUUUUCAAAAAUUUUACCAAAAUAAAACUUCAGUGGUAACAGAGAACAGUCUUGCAGCUGUUAGUCGAUUUUGAAUUACUUUUGC